CACACCUCUCCGUGUCUGCUGCCCGGGAUUACUACAAGUCGCCAUAUAUAUGCGUAUGAAUAUAUGAGCUCUCUCACGAACAUUACGCUGCUUGUCAAGCCAAGGUCAAGUCAAGUCAAACUGAUGAUAGUGAUGUAUAGAAGGUCUGCAGUAUUGGUCGUGCUUCUCCUACAAGCUGCAGUAAUGCCAAGCCUCGUGAGUGGCACCUGCGAGACUAAGGGAUGCAAGGGCGACCCCGGCACUCCUGGCCCGAAAGGCGGCACCGGCCCUCCUGGCCCGAAAGGCGACCCCGGCACUCCUGGCCCGAAAGGCGGCACCGGCCCUCCUGGCCCGAAAGGCGACCCCGGCCCUGCUGGCCCGAAAGGCGGCACCGGCCCUCCUGGAGCGAAAGGCGGCAGCGCCUGCUGGCGAAAGGUUCGGACGGUGCCCGGGCCGCAGGCCGUCAGACAGUAUUCAACAACUCCAGGUUACUGUGAGGGCAACUCGGUCACAUCUGCUGUCAGAAAUGUGUUCAUCCAGAGAAUACUCGAGACUAGUGCGUCAUCUAGUAUACCGGCAUCUCUAGAUGACAUCGUGACCGCGGCGUGGGCCGGUGACGUAUAUCACUCGAUGGCGGAGCAUCGGAUCGGCUGCUAG